AUGAGCGCGGCGUGGGGCGGCCCCGGGCGGCGGCGGCGCGGGGUCGGGGGGCGGCGGCGGACGCUGCGGGGGUUGGGGGGGCUGGGAGGGCUGGCGGGGCGGCUGCUGCGAGCCUGGGCGCGGCUGGCGGGUGGACGGGGGGAUCGGAGCGCCCGGCGGCGGCGGCCGCAGCACGAGGACGACGAGGGCGGCUUCGAGAGCGCGGGGAGAAGGGAGACGGCGCGGGGCGGCGGUGUCGGGGCGGCGGGGAGCGGGGCGCGACCGCCCGGCGCGCAGGGGCUGCGGAACCACGGCAACACGUGCUUCAUGAACGCCGUGGUGCAGUGCCUCAGCAACACCGCCCCGCUCGCCGAGUUCCUGGCGCUCGGACGCUACCGAGCCCGCGGGGCCCGCGCUGAGGUCACGCACCGCCUGGCGGCUUUGGUCCGCGCCCUCUGGAGUCUGGAAUAUACCCCGCGGCUCUCCGCCGAGUUCCAGAGCAUCGUGGCCAAACACGGCGCGCAGUUCCGCGGUAACGCGCAGCACGACGCCCUCGAGUUCCUGCUGUGGCUGCUGGACCGCAUGCACGAGGACCUGGGCAGCGCCUCGCCCGCACCGGGACCCCGCGCUGCCCACCAGCGCAGUGCGGAGCAGAGUGGUGCCAGUGGGGAGAGCUUUGUGCAGAGCCACUUCCAGGCACAGUACAGGUCUUCCCUAACGUGCCCGCACUGCCGGAAGCAGAGCAAUACCUUCGACCCAUUCCUGUGCAUCUCGCUGCCCAUCCCCGUGCGCCAGACCAGGGCACUGAAUGUGACGCUGGUGCCGCAGCGCGAGGGCGGGCGCUCGCUGCGCGUGGGGCUGGCGGUGCCACUGCUGGGCACAGCUGCAGAGCUGCGUGAGAUGGUGGCACAGGAGGGGGAUUUACCACCCCAGCAGGUGAUCCUGGCCGAGGUGUCCCCACAGGGCUUCCUGCGCUCGCUGGAUGACACCGAGGAGCUGAGUACAGCCGGGCAAGAGGCACCCCUGUAUGCCCUGCAGGCCCCCCCAGAGACCCCUGCAGGCGCCCACCCCGUGCUGCUGCUGCUGUGCCACGUGGCGGGCACCGGUCCGCACCGCGCCAGGUUCGGACCACCGCUGGUGCUGUGGGCGGAGCGCGGUGCCUCCUGGGCACAGCUGCAGCGUGAUGUGCUGGCCCCGCUGUGCGGCAUGAUGAGGAGCGCCGUGCAGGGCACGGCGCCGCAAUUCCGCAUCCACGUGGCUGGGGAGCCCAGUGCCUACCUCUCCCCACAGGACCCGCACCCCCUGUGCCACGCGGCCAUUGACAGGGCGCUGCAGCAGAGCCCUACUGGUGGACCCCCCCACGUAGCGCUGACAGUGGAGUGGGACAUCAGCACCAAGGAGCGGCUUUUCGGCAGCAUGCAGCAGGAGGCGGUGCAGGAUGCGGACAGCGUGCGGCUGCAGCAGGCGGCACACCAGCAGCACAGCUGCACUUUGGAUGAGUGCUUCCAGCUCUACACCAAGGAGGAGCAGCUGGCACCAGAUGACGCAUGGCGCUGCCCGCACUGCCGGGUCCUGCAGCAGGGCACAGUGCAGCUCCGGCUCUGGACGCUGCCUGACAUCCUCAUCAUCCACCUGAAGCGCUUUCGCCAGGUUGCCCAGCGCCGCCACAAGCUGAGCACACUGGUGCGCUUCCCCCUGCGUGGGUUGGACAUGGCCCCACAUCUGGCCCCUGGGGGGGGACGAUGGCAGCACUCCCUGCGCCCGCCCCGGAGCUGCCCCCCGGAUGCUCUGUAUGACCUUUACGCCGUCUGCAACCACCAUGGCAGCAUGCAGGGUGGGCACUACACUGGGGUGACCCGAGGGGCCCUGCCCCCUGACCCCUCCCUCACCCCUGCCCCAGCAUACUGCUGCAACUCCCUGGACGGACGCUGGUACAGCUAUGAUGACAGCACGGUGGUGGGGGUGCGGGAGGACGAGGUGAGCACCCGCAGCGCCUACAUCCUCUUCUACCAGCGCCGCAACGCCAUCCCUGCCUGGUCAGCCAGCAGUGCUGCCAGAGGCAGCAGCAGCUCAGCCCCAUUGAACCACUGGGCGGCCCGGCUGGGGGGCACCAAGCAGCACAGCGCAGAAUCCCAGCCUGCAGCUCCCCGCCCCUCCCCACCCUGCAGCCCGGACCUUAGCACUGCACAGGAGCAAGGUGGCUUUGAGGCCCGGCCACCAGUGCGGGGGGUGCAGAGCCGCAGCCUCAGUGUCAAACUGCCACCUCCCACCCGCUGCAGGGCCCCCCCCAGGGCUGUACCCCUGCGGUGGUCCUUCGCCUCGCGCCUGCGGGCAGCCCCCGGGCAGCUGCAGCCAUACAUCCCAAUGGGGCCGGUAGGUGGGGGCAGCCCCCGUGUAGAGCAGAACGCCGUGCUGGGUGACGCUGCAGGCAGCACACAGAGCACAGAGCCCCCCCACUGCACCCCAACACCACGCCGGGCCCACAGUGCCGGCCCUACUGGGAUCUCAUGCCCCAAAAGCCCCCCGCAGAGUGGCGAGCAGGAGACAGGACCCCCCCGGGUGCGGCAGGAGGGCACCCCUCGGGCACAGCAUGGCCCCCACAGCCCUGAUGGGAUCAUCCGGCGCUCGCAGAGCUCAGCCUGCCUCCCCCCACGGCCCCCACACCCCAUGCGGCGCUCAGCAUCACUGGGCCGGGGCGCAGGGGGCACUGCGGGGAUACGGGGCAGGGAGCGCACGGCGACCCUGCAGCACGGGGCUGUGCCUGAGUCCAGCUUCUGAGGAGGGGCAGGGAUGGUUGUGGGGCUGAGCUGGCGGUGGGUGGCACCCAGAGCAUUGUGCUGUGGGGUCAGGGCAUUACUACACUGUGGGCAUCUCACACCUGGGUACCCAGAACCUGGAGCAUUGCGUAGCUGCAUGUAUGGCUCUAGGAGCGUCCAGCACCAAGAGCAUUGUGCAGUGGGGUAUCUGCAAACAAAGCAUCCCUGUGCCGGCAGCAUCCUGCACCUGGGUGCCCAGCACUGGGAUCAUUGUGCCAUGGGCUAUAUGCAGUCAGGGCAUCCCUGCGUCAUCAGCAUCCUGGGGCUGGGUGCACAGUGCUGGGAGCAUCUGGGUGCUGAUAGCUCUGGGCUAUCUGGAAGCAGGGCAUCCCUGCGCCAGCAGCAUCCUGCAUCAGGGUAUCCAUCACCACCUGUGCUGGGAUCAUCAUGCAAUGGGGUGCCUAAAAUCAGGGCAUGCCUGCACUAUGAGCAUCCUACAGCUGAGUACCAGCCCUGGGUGCAUCCCACUCAGGGAUCACUUUGCACCUGGCUGUGCUGUGCUGAGUAUCUGCACCCUUGGCCCUGUGCCUUUCAGCCCACGCCUUACUGGGAGCAAGCAGGGGGUCUGCAGGGCCAAGGGACUGUUGGGAGAGAGAGUAUUUAUUCUAUACAGAGAGUUCUAUGCAGAGAUGCUGUUUGUUUUCUACAAGCCACUGGUGCUGACGGUUGGGCUGCGGGGCUGCUUGCACACUCAGGGCUAUGCAACAUGUGGUUCUCCCGUGGCCGUUUCUAUUAAAGACAUGAAAGGAGCCCGGUGUGUGCCGCGUCCACCCAGGGGAUGGCGCUGGGGGUUUCUUGGUGCUUUUUGGUGACUUUUCUGGGACCUUCCAGUGCAGCUGCUUUGAGGUUUGGGGGUGAGUGUGAGCCGAGCAGCCCCUGUACUGCUUCAAUUUUCCUCUCUGGGUGAUGCAUUUGAAGUUGGGGGGGGCACAUUCUGUCCCCAAACCCGCACACACCCCCUCUUGGAGCAGCCCCUUCCCAAGCGCGUGCAGAGCCACGGGAGGCGUUGAAUGAAGGCAGGCUGGGGGCUGAGUUCCACAGCGAUGUGCACAUUUAUUCCAGCUGCUCCUGCCCCCCCCCCACCCGUCCCCGUGUUGUGGGUGACGGUCACAUCACGGCGGUGCAGAAGCAAUGGGGCCAGGGGGGUCGGGGCAGUGCAGCACACGGGGACGGAGCGGGGCCACGAAGCGUUCCCAUGGACAUAGUCCAUUUGUACACCAAGAUUGGAUGGAAUGGCUCAAAAUA